AUGUCCACACACGAGCAUGAUGUUAAGACUGAUUCUGAUAAUGAUUUGGGUGAUGAUUUCGAUUAUAAAUCGAAUGCACACGAUGAGGUUGAAGAUGAUGAUGUUGAUUUGUUGGAUUCUACUAGCAAAAAUGAACAAGAUUGUGGUGUAAAAAGAAUAGCAGAUUUAAUGGUGGAGGAUAUUUGGAACCUGGAGUUUAGAAUAGAGGAUGAGGCUUGCCAAUUUUAUAACGCUUAUGCUUGUUGGCAUGGCUUUGUAAUGAGGAAGGAUGACAUCGUGAAGGAUAAGGAAAGUAAAAUCAUUUGCAGGCAACUUGUUUGCAAUAAAGAGGGAUGGAGGAAUAUGAGGUAUCUUGAUCUGGAUAAUAGAUCAAGGGAGGCAAGGUCACUCAUGCGAAACAAGUGUCCAGCUCGGCUUAAGGUAAAGGUUGACUACGACUGUGGUAGAUGGAAGGUAUCAUGUUUUGUGGAAUCUCACAACCAUGAUUUGAUGCCCCCCAAUUUGUGCAUCUCGUUCCGGCCAAUCGUGGUUUCACUAUCAAAAGUAAAAAACGGGGAUGCCAAUGCAGCAAUAAACUAUUUGAUUGGGAAGUCAAACAACGAUCCGCUGUUCUUUAGGAAGUAUACAUUCACUAGUGACGAAAGGCUCGAGCAUAUAUUUUGGGCAGACGGGCAAUCAAUUGUCGACUAUCACUACUUUGGAGAUAUUGUUGCCUUUGAUUCAAAGUACAAGAAGAAUAAAUAUAACAAACCUUUGGUCAUUUUCUCCGGAUGCAAUCAUGGGAAGACUGUUAUUUUCAGUUCCGGUCUACUAUCGGACGAAACCAUAGACACGUAUAAGUGGUUGUUAGAAACAUUUGUUGAAGCGAUGGGUGGGAAGCGUCAUAAAGAAGUUAUAACCGAUGGAGACCUUGCCAUGCGAGAUGCAAUCAAGAAUGUUCUUCUCGAUGUGACCCAUCGGUUAUGCGGGUGGCAUCUUCAGAGAAAUGCAUGUGAAAAUAUAAAGAAUCCUAAUUUCCUACGGGAUUUUAAGGGUCUUAUAUAUGACAACAACGACUGUAGAGAUUUUGAUCGAAGAUGGGUAGACAUUUUGGAGAAGCACAACCUUGUUGAGAAUACGUGGAUGGAAAAGACUUACGAAACUCGUGCGAUGUGGUCCCAUUGUUUCUUACGGGAUAAGUUUUUCUGGUACAUAAGGAUGACGUCACAGUGUGAAGGUAUAAACUCUCUCAUCAGAUUUUACAUUAAUCGUAAGAAUACUCUCAUCGACUUCAUACAUAACCUGGAUAUGGCCUUAAAGGACUAUAGAAACAAUGAAUUAAUAGCUGACUUUAAGUCUCAGUGCUCUGAGCCAGUGAUGAUAACUUUGUUGGAGGUAUAUAAAAGAUCUGCAUCAUGUUAUUUCACUCGCAACAUUUUUAAGGAGAUUCGGGGCAGGGGCUUUGAAUAUCAAGGUAUUAAGCACGGUAUUGGACAAGGUUGA